GUCUGGUUUCCUGAAGGCAGCAGCAUGAGCGGCGGAUUCGGCUCCUGGCAGGCCGGUGGAGGGCCCAGCGGGCAGCGGGUGGAGGAGGGCGCCCUGAGAGCAGGGGCCCAGGGCCUGGGGAACGUGGAGGGGCCCCGGGUGGCGCCCGUGAGUCCCGUGUUCAGCUGGAGCUUGGAGCAGGAGCGGGAGACCCUCAUGGCCUGGAAGGAGUGCAUGGGGCGCGAGCUGGACCGCGUGAUGGCCUUCUGGACCCAGUUCUCGCACGACAAGGAGCACGGGGGCUUCUUCUCGUGCCUCGGCCGCACCGGGCAAGUGUACGACGACAUCAAGUACGUGUGGAUGCAGGGCCGCCAGGUGUGGACCUACUGUCGCCUGUACCGCACACUCGAGCGCUUCCGCCACCCCGAGCUCCUGGAGGUGGCGAGAGCAGGAGGCGAGUUCCUGCUGCGCUGCGCGCGGGUGGCGUUCCCUGGGAGGAAGUGCGCCUUCACGCUCACCCGCACCGGCGAGCCCAUCAAGGUCCAGCGGACCAUCUUCAGCGAGUGUUUCUACGCGGCGGCCAUGAACGAGCUGUGGCGGGCCACCGGGGAGACGCGCUACCAGAGCGAGGCGACGUCGAUGAUGGAGCAGAUCGUGCACUGGGUGCGGGAGGACCCGACGGACCUGGGCCGGCCCCAGCUUACGGGCACCCCGGCCGCAGAGUCCAUGGCCGUGCCCAUGAUGGUGCUCUGGCUGGUGCUGCAGCUCGGGGAGGCCGAUGAGGAGCUGGCGGACCAGUUUGUGGAGCUGGGGGACUGGUGUGCUGCCAGGCUCCUUCAGCACGUCCAGAGGGACGGCCAUGCCGUGCUGGAGACCAUAUCGGAGGAUGGGCAGGAGCUCCCGGGCUGCCUGGGGCGGCAGCAGAACCCAGGCCACGCACUGGAGGCCGGCUGGUUCCUGCUGGAGUACGCCCGGCGGAAAGGCGAUGCGGCACUGCGAGUCCGCGUCAUCGAGAAGUUCCUGUGGCUGCCCUUCUGCUCCGGCUGGGACGCCGAGCACGGGGGCCUCUUCUACUUCCAGGAUGCCGAUGGCCUCUGCCCCACUCAGCUCGAGUGGGCCAUGAAGCUGUGGUGGCCGCACUGCGAGGCCAUGGUGGCCUUCCUCAUGGGCUACACUGACAGCGGGGAGCCUGCCUUGCUGCACUGCUUCUACCAGGUGGCUGAGUACACAUUCCGACGGUUCCGCGAUCCCGAGUUCGGGGAGUGGUUUGGCUACUUGACCCAGGAGGGGAAGGUCGCCCUCACCAUCAAGGGGGGGCCCCUAUCAGGCUGCUUCCACAUCCCGCGGAGCCUGGCGAUGUGCGAGGAGAUGCUGGACGCCCUGCUGAAGCGCCUGGGCCCGGCCCCGGCCCGCAGCGCCGUGGUGGCGCCCUACCCCGGCCCCUCCCGCCCCGUCGCGGAAUAA